AUGGCUGGCAAAUCGGUGAGUAUACUUCCGAAGACACACUAUCAGCACGAAAUGAUCCUCCAUCAAGAUGAAGAAGCAUCAUCAUCAUCAACAUCAAGGUCAAGAUUAAAUUUUGAGUGCAACUAUUGCAAAUUCAGGAUAUGUUCGAAUGAAUAUUACAGAUGCACGGGAUGUUCAACAUUUAGGCUGCACAAAUCGUGCAAGGAAAUACCAUAUGUAGUGAAGGGUCAUCCUAGUCUCCCGGACCCUAAUAGUGAACUAUUCCUAUGUGAGCUUGAACAACACCCAAAUCGCCAGUGUUUUUGCUGCAAGCAACCACUUGUGGGCAUGCUCUUCUAUUCUGAUUACGAACAUGCUAAUCUAGAUAUGGUGUGCGCGCUAGCUCCAAAAGGGUUCACAAUUCAGCACGAAAGCCAUCCGCAACAUCCCUUGAUCCCUAUGACUCGAGAGGUUUCGUUCACUUGUAAUGCUUGUGGUACAAGUCACCCAGGUCAUCCGCUUGUGUGUCAAUUGUGUUGGUUUUCGAUUGAUCGAGGCUGUGCUAGACUAACCACCACCUUUUCUCUUGAUGUUCUUCAUGAACAUCGACUUCAUCUUGCGUAUUCUCUUCCUGAGGAAUAUAAUCGAUUAAAAGGUGGAAUGUUGACGUGUGAGAUUUGUAGAGAUAAGAUAAACCCUGAAUUAUGGGUGUAUCACUGUAAGGCAUGCAGAUAUUUUGCUCAUACAAGAUGUGCUACAUUCGAUACAGAACCCUUCAUGUCCAUCAUCUACCCAGUAAGAAGCAAAGUGGAGUCCCUCGAUGAUGUGAUCCGUCUUCCAGUGGAAAGUGAAUUUGUUGAUUUAGUAAGCCAUUUACGGAGGGGAUUGGAACCUUAUGCACAAGAUAAUUCCCCUCAUGGUUUCAGGCCAAACAGGGACGUGCAUUGCGGACAUCCCUUGAUUCUUCAUGAUCAGGCAGCACGUGAUGGGUCGAAAUCAAGCUUAUGCGAUGGUUGCAUUCAGCCCAUCUCGCCACCAUACUUUAGCUGCGCCGAUUCGAAAUGCAACUUCUUUCUUCAUAAACGUUGCAUUGAAUUGCCUGAUCGACUAGUUCCUUCCCCAUUCCGGACAUUAAACGCUAUUUCAGGAGCCUCUUUUUCGUGGGAAUUAGAUUGUUCUUUUUUACAAGGCUCAUUUUCGGGGAAAUCAGAUGGGGUUUUAGAUAGCUCAUCUUUCGAUAUCUUUCAGUGUCAUGGUUGUCAACGCCCAUGCAAUGGACUAAGCUACAAGGUUUUCUUUCACGGAGUCCCUAGUCGAUAUGGAAAAGAACUGUAUGAUGUUAAAUGUGCCCUCUUACCCGCACACAUCGUACAUGAUUCACAUCCACAACAUAGGUUGGAGUUGAGCAAGAGGAGGUACGCGCCAUGUCCAUGUUGUCUCCUUGCCGGUGAAGAUCAAGGCGAAUACAUAUACAGAUGUUUGACUUGUAGCUUUAACUUGCAUCAGAAAUGUGCCCUCUACCCAAGCACGAUCCGCCAUAGGUACGAUAAGCACCCUCUCCAUCUUACUUACAAACCUAUCCAAGGUCGUCGGCAUCUUUCAGAUGAUGAUGAAUACUAUUGUGAGAUUUGCGAGUUGGAGGUGAAUCAACAUGGUUGGUUUUACCAUUGUGUUCAAUGUGACCAAAGUUUUCACAUUACUUGUAUGCAUUCACUUGAUUCCUUAUCCAAUAUCAAGUUCGGGCAAAGCCUUACAUUAAGUUCCCAUUGCCACCCUCUAAUUCUUGAAAGAAUGUUUGUGGGUAGUCGUGCUUGUGAAUAUUGCAAUGAUAGUAUAAAGGAAGGUAUGGCUUUUGAGUGUAAACAAUGUGUAAGAUACCAAAUUCACUUUGAAUGUGCCAAAUCAUGCUUUCUUAAGCAAGGUGGAGAGUUAGGUCCACCAAAUUCUGAAUUUCGGGACCAGAGGGAACAAUAUAUUCCAAAAGAAGUGUUGAGCCGUUGGAAAAAGAUUAUCCAAGUUUUAGAUGAUCCUUUGUAUUUAACAUUAUGA